AUGCCCCGCUGGCACCCCGACGCCCGCGCCCAGCAGGGGGCGCCCCAGAGGCCCCCGGGCGAGCGCGCCCGGCGCCGCGCGGCCCCGCUGCCGCCCGGCUGGCCCCCGUGCGAGGCGCCGGCGGGGGGCGCGGGGCGGCCCGGGGGCUGGCGGGCGCCGGUUGGCUCCGAGUGGUGGCCGGCCUCCGGCGGCGAGGCGCCCCCGCGCCGGCCCCCGCCGCGCCUGCCGCCCCUGCCCGCCGCGGCCCCGCGGCCCGCACGCCGCCCCGGGCUCAGGUCGCUGCUGCUGCCGCCGCCGCGCGUCCCGGACAAGGCGCCCUGGACGCGGGUGCACCCCGAGCCCGGAGAGUGCCGGGCGGACGGAAGGGGCCUGGCCAGGGACCCCGGGGACCUCAGGGACUCCUUGGGCGCCCUGCUGGGCCAGCUCCUCCCCAGCAAGUUCCAGACGGUCCUGCGCCAGCUCGGGGCCCACUGGGCGGAGAAGCUGGAGGCACAGACAGCCCCAGAAUCCCGUCAGCAGAGGCCUGGGUCAGAGCACUGGUUGGGGAAAGCGCCUUCGUAUCCUUCCUUCCUUCCCCACCUGGGGUGCCAGUCAUCGAACUUCGAGAAUAGUCUCAAGAAGGUUUCAAGCCAUCAGAUACCUCCCCUGGGACUGCUAAGGAGAGACCACACGCUGGGGCCCCUAAGGAGAGAGCACCCACAAUUCACCGAGGUCAAAAAGGCCCACAAUCCCUGCGGUCUGCAGGCCCCCAAGCUCAAGGCCGCGCUCAGCCACAGCUCCUCGGAAGCCUCCGGGCCCUACCGGCACAGGUGUAGCCCCUUCCGAGUGCGAUUCGCUGACGAGACGCUGCAGGACACGGCGUUUCGCUACUGGGAGCGAAGAUGUGCAUUCCAGCAGGGCCUCACAGGCACCCGGCCGCCCGGGCCAGCCCCCGCGUCGGUGAACUUGGCGCCCGUGAACUUGGCGCCCGUGAUUGGGAGCAUCAGGAGGUGGCUGGAGAGUUUGCCCAGGAACCUGGACUCCAGGCCCCGGGAGGAGGCCACGGCCGGCCGGGACCGCCCUGGCCUGCCCACCCUGGGGCGGCAGAGCCUCGUCUCUGAGGACACCCCCUCGAGCAGCACCCCGUGGUGGCAAAGAGACCGCAACACCUUCCUGGGCACCCCCAGCAUCCUCAGCCAGGCGGGCAUGGACUCCUUCCUGCCCCGCCUGGACCUGAAGCGAGGCCGUCCGAAGGGGUACCAGCUCCUCCUGCCCUCCGCUCUGCAGUAG